CAUUCGCGAAAUGAAUUUUUUCCCCCAGACUCGUUGAAAAUCGUAGACAACUCUAAGCCAGACGGUGUAAGUGACAACCACGAAGACAAUACUAUUAUGUUUGACCAGUCCUUUGGCGCUCAAGAGGAUGCCCAAGUGCCCAGUCAGUCGGACAACAGUGGGGGAAAUAUUUCCCAAAUGUCCAUGGCAUCACAGGCAACUCAAGUUGAAACUAGCUUUGACCAGGAGACUUCUGCCCAGAAAAACAACUUUCAGUGUGAGAAUACAGAGGUUGCUCUAAGUGAAAAAGAUCACAUGAGAGUGGUGGUGAAAUCUGAGCCUUUGAGUUCCCCAGAGCCCCAAGAUGAAGUGAGUGAUGUGACUUCCCAGGCCGAGGGAAGCGAAUCUGUAGAAGUGGAAGGAGGAGGCGUAAGUGCUGAAAAAAUAGAACUGAGCCCAGAGAGUAGUGACCGUAGCUUUUCGGAUCCCCAGUCUAGCACUGAUAGGGUGGGAGACAUCCAUAUUAUGGAAGUCACCCAUAACCUGGAGCACAAGUCCACCUUCAGUAUUUCAAAUUUCCUGAACAAGACCAGAGCCGGCAGUUUUGGUGCCAGCCAGAAUGAGGACAACAUUCCAAACACAACUAGUGACUGCAGGAUGGACGGGGAUGCCUCUUAUUUAAUUAGCCCAGAGUCUGGGCCUGCUAACAGUCAUUCCUCUGCUACAGUCUCCCACGUGGACAAUCCGUUCAGUGAGAGCACAGACUCCCAUUUUGUCAGGCCGAUGCAGGACGUAAUGGGUCUUCCUUGUGUACAGACGUCUGGCUACCGGGGAGCAGAACAGUUUGGGAUGGAUUUCCCGAGAUCUGGCUUGGGGUUGCAUUCCUUAUCGAGGGCCGUGAUGGGCUCUUCCAGAGGCGGAGCGAGUGGCUUUCCCAGCUACCGCCGUAUAGCUCCCAAAAUGCCUGUUGUGACCUCUGUUCGGAGCUCUCAGUUGCCGGACAGUGCCCCUAAUUCUCAGCUGCUAAUGAAUGGUGCCAUUUCCUCUUUUGAAAAUGGGCACCCUUCGCAGCCUGGCCCCCCACAGCUGACCAGGGCAUCCGCUGACGUUCUUUCCAAAUGCAAGAAGGCCUUAUCCGAACAUAACGUCUUGGUGGUGGAAGGUGCACGCAAGUACGCCUGCAAAAUCUGCUGCAAGACGUUUCUCACCUUAACAGACUGCAAGAAGCACAUCCGUGUGCACACGGGAGAGAAACCGUAUGCCUGUUUAAAGUGCGGCAAAAGGUUUAGUCAGUCGAGCCAUUUGUAUAAGCAUUCCAAAACUACUUGCCUUCGCUGGCAAAGCAGUAAUCUCCCCAGCACUUUGCUUUAACUUCUUCCCUUAAUCUCAUGAUGCCAAUACAGAUUUUAAUAAUGCAUGGAACACAGAAAGUGAACACUUAAGUGUGAUUGUGCCACACACACAAAAAAAAGGCUUAGCUCUUUUUAAUACCUGUACCAUACCUACCUCACAGGGGUGUUGUGAGGCUUAAAACAACUUUUAAAGUAGCGCUUUGAAAAUUCUCCAGCUCUGUCACACGAUUCGUGCACAUACUUGGCUGUAAGUCCCGUUGAACUACAUGGGAUCUACUUCCAAGUAAAUGCAGAUAGGAGUGGGCUAUUCGAAUUAUAUGGAUACAGUCUUCAGUAUCAUUAGUUCUUUGGUAGAAGAAAGGUUGAAAGAAUAAAGUGUAGCUAGCGUGAAAUUUUACUAGCACGUUUCAAGAAUGAGAAACUGGAGUGCAAACUUUUUAAUUUUUUUUUUAAAGAUGUGAGAGCAUUUAUCUGUAAAAUAAGUUCCUACAUGGAGGGCGAGAGCAGUAUUGCUAAGAGUUCUUUAUGGUUCAGGACUGCUUAUUCUUGAAGAUGAAACCACCUUUGCACCUCAAAUUGCUUUGAAGUGUGCUAUAGGAUUAACAUAGUUUUAGGGGUUCUGAAUGUAUUUCCAGGUUUGUUUGUUUUUUUUGCAGUAACUUACACUGUGUAAUGAAGGUGCUUACCUUGAGUCCAAUGCAAGUAACUUUUUAGACUGUCUGAUAUGUAUGUGUGUGUAUAUACUUUGAAUACAGCAAAAUCUAGAUGUUUCAUAGUUUUCUUUUUGUAAAAUCUUGUACUGAAUAAGUGAAAUGUGUGUUAUGUUUGGUAGUGUUUCUAACCAAUUUGUAUUUUAUGUGUUAAAACUCAUCAAGUCUUAAAUGAAGUCGGCUGAUAUUUCAAA